AUGUCUAAAUUAUUCAUUUAAAAUUUAGAAAGAAGAAAAUUUUUGAUUUUCUUUAAUUAAUUUUUUGCUAAAUUAGGUGAUAAGAAGUAGAUAAAGUACAAUAUUUUUUAAUAGAAAAUUUAUUUACGAUAUAGGAAUAAUGACUAUUAUGCAAAGGAGAAUGAAAUGAAUAAAAUUUUAAUUAGCAAUUCUAAUUAUAUUUAAAAAAAGAAUAAAAUAUAAAGAAUGUCGAAAUCAUAUCAUUACCAAGUUUAGUAUAUUGCUAAGGAUCAAUAGGAAUAAAAAAAAGAUUCUUAGCCAUAUAGAAAAUCACAUAAUAACAAUUACGAUGGAUUUUCAAGAAACAAAAAAUAUUACAACAAUCGAUAACAUUAUUAAAAUGAUAAUAAGAGAGUGGAAUAUGAAUAGAAAUAAUAAAUAUGUUAGCCCUAAAAUAAUGUUUAUGAUGCAAAAUUAUUACUUUCAGCUUAUCGAGAAUAUUUAUAACCUCCUGAAGAAGUCGUCCACCUGACCAAAAAAAUACCAUAAUUAUUUGCAACUAAACCAUUCAAACCUAUUUCUUAGACAACACAUUGCAAUCACAGUGACGAAGAAGAACCUUAAUGGAUGCAAGACUCAUAAUUCAAUGCCCCUUUUAAAUUAAAUGAUAUAGAAAAUGAAAUUUAAUCAAAAAGAGAACAAUAUCAAAAAGAUCAUGGUACAUUUGAGAAAAAACAGGAAGAAAAAAGAUAAAAGAUAUAAGAAUUUCAAAUUUAACAAGAAGCUAUUAAUAGUAUUGAAAUCGAAAAAUAGAAGUACAGAGAAAAAAGAGAAUAAGAAUUAAAAUAAUCAUAAGCUGCUAUCGAAACUAAAUAAAAACUUUUUGAACUCUUUUCUACAAAUGUUGAACCCUAAGCAACUCCUGUGGUAGUCAAUCAUAAUAUUCUAACAGUUGAGGAAAUAGAGAAACGACAAUUAACUAAAUAAAUCUAAACUAAUAAUAAUAAUAAUAAUAAUAAUAAUAAUAAUAAUAAUAAUAAACCAGAAGAAACAGCUAAAGUUUAAGAAGCUUGUAUUAGCGAUGAUGAAUUAAAUCAACUCUUGGGUUUUAAUAACAAUAAUGAGAACUCUAAAACUGUAGAUUAGUUGCCUUCUAUUCUUUUUAAGAGCGAAUAAAUUAAAACUUCACCAUUUUCUAUACAAGCUCAAUUACACAACAAAGACAUUAAUGAAUCAUUAUGGUUUUAUAUUGAUAAAUCAAACAAAACUUAAGGGGGGUUUCCAACCAAAAAUAUGGAUAUUUGGUAUUCGUAAAAUUAUUUAAAACCCAGUCUCAUGAUUUCAUGGGGUUCUCCUGGAAAGUGGAUAUAUUUGGAAUAAUACUAAAACAAUUUACAAUCGAUAUUAUAGGGGACCUUGGAUAAAUUAAAAGCAAUGGAUCCUUUAGCAGUUGAUUAAACAAAAGCUUACAAGCCUGCUCAACCUAAUCAGCCAUCAUAAUAAUGGAUAAACCAGCAACAUUACGUUUAAAAUAACAACAUUAAUAGAUAUUAAUAUACCAAUUAAAAUAAUUAAUACGGAUAAUUAAGAAAUAGAAACAACUAAAAUAGAACCAUCUUUUAGAUUGGAUAAAAGGAUACAUAAUAAGUGCAUUAUAAUUAGUAUUAUAGUUCAAAUGGGAAUCAAUACGAAUAAUCAGGUGAGGGAUUUGUUCUUGAUAUAAAGAGUUUUCCAACACCUGAUGAAAAGUGA